CGAGGACAUUGUGCACGUGGAGAGUGGGCGGGACACGGAGGUGCUCUGGUCAGGUGAUGAAAUGCCGUCACUUCACUUCACCUGCUCUAGUUUCCGCACAAUCAGGACAUGAAACAAGCCCAAUGGAUCCACAGGUAAGCUUUCAUCUAGAAUUGGCCAUCAACACCCUGGUGGAAAACUUCCACUCAGCAUCAUCAACUAAUGCCAACACGCUCACAGCCCAGGAGUUCCAGAGCAUGCUCUCCAAAGAGCUGCCCACCAUGGUGAAGACAGCAGGGGACCAGGAAGGACUCAACAAACUCCUGACAGAAAUGAGCGUGGAAGAGGGGAAGGGUGUCACGUUCAAGGAUUUCUGGAAAUUGGUUGAUUCUCUGGCCAAUGCUCAGUUUGGAUUGCUGAGCAAAGAGAAGCAGGUGAAAUGUGUGAAAUGUAGUCUUAUGUGAAACCGGCCCUGAGCAAACAAGUCCGAUCAACAUUACUUAGGUGUCCACCACAGCCCUGAGAAAACGCGUUCAAUCAGUCACUUCUAUUUCCCAUCACUUUCUGCAAUACUGUACAUGUCACUCUGCUGGUCUUUGGCAUAUGCGCUGAAGUAAUUACUUACAACACUCAUAAUUAAGUGUUGUUAUAGAGCUUCCUGAAUAAAUAUCUCU